GCAACGUUCAUCCGCUAGCUGACGCGUAAGUUUCUUACAUACCUCAUGCGAUUUUAUUUGUUUUGCUCAGACUAGCUUUUCCAGUUUCAAUCCGCCGGCCUUUCCGGGAGAUUUAAAUUAGAUCGGAACCAUGUUGACCGAGCCUGGUUCAAUAUUCAAUAUUGAUUGUUCACAAAUGAGUCGGACUCAUGGGAGCCCUGAACGAUUCACUUUUCGACACCGAUAUCUCCCCCGAGUCGAGCAGUGUCGGGACGCUGAACGGUGAACUUGUCGGGAAAUGAUGUACUCGUUGGCAGUUGAAACCCGCCGCAUUCAAUGGGAAGCGCCUUCGUCCCCUUACUCACGCACUACCAUAACUAUCGUUCCCGCUCGCCCACUAUCUUGAGUUCAAUCUGUGACUCCAUCCUCCAAUGUCGGAUGAUCAUCGUCCCACAAUGAACGUUCUUGCCGGUGCAUCCAGAGUCAAGAUUGGCAGAGCCAACUUCUCGACAGUUGGAAGGGAUCAGUACAAUGACUGCACGGUACAUCAGACUAUCAUUCAAACACAAUACAAGAAGAGGAAGAUUGGCAGGUACCUACCAGAACUAUCCGAGUUCACCGAAAUCAAGCGGGGCGACAUCUACAAGAGUAAGGACGUCUGCUACUCCUGGAGGUUGCGCUCGAAUGGGAAAGACGACACGGAGGCGGCUGUCUUUCAUGCAGAGAUUAAUAUCAUCGGAUCCUUCGGACAGAAAAAGUUCACUGUGAAGACCUAUCGCGGACAAAAUGCGAUAAAGGAAUGGAGACGGGAUUUUUUGCGAUGUUCUCAGGAUUGGCGCGGCGACAUCCCUCUUUUUGGUUACAACCAGUCGUCGGUUCCGUCGUUGAUAUUUUGUGGAGAGCUCGUACCUGUUGCACACGUUGAAGGUGGACUGAGGCAUGUGGGAUUAUAUUACAUUGAAUUACUGAGAUUCAGCUUGGGAUGUUCCAGAAAUGAGCUAUGGAUGGAUCCUUCGCAAGGAAAAUUCUGUCGUGGACCAAUUGGGCCUCAAUGUCACGAAUGGAGAGAUGAUGACUUUGAUAUCACAGUUCCUUCCGACCUUGAUUUUCUCAAAGAAGACGUGGUUAUUCGAUACUUCUCUAGCAUACAAGACGACCGGCGGUUUCUCGGUGCACUCACUAAUAGCUGUCAUGCUGAAAGACCGGAAAAUAUUCCCGCAGCCGAUUAUACACAAGUCAUUUCAGGCUUGACAAACUCGAUUAUAGCUCUUAGCCAGAAUGCACGAUGGUGGAGUUGGAAAGACUGUCUUGGCAACAGGGAAGUAAUGCCAGACGGAGCGACGAGAUUCUGUCUCCGAGAUGAUCGAAGUAAGAUAGAGGUGGACUCUGUCAACGAACGAUACCCAUGGCUUUCGCAAGCGUUGAGUGUUUUUCACGCUCACAACAUCCCAUUGGACGAAGAUUUAUCCAGCUACAAGCUCGUCUACUCUUAUUUCAGGCUCACAGGUGCAUUUCAGAAGUCCAAAAACAAACGUCAACGACGGUGCCUAUGUCCAACCAUUUACUUGUUUUUCCGUCCUUCCCCUUAUCCCCUCUAUCAUUGGUCUUUCGACCCAACCGGCCAAACCCCAUUCUCGCCAGACAUGUGCAAGUACCUCGGUCUUCCCUUCAAGCUCACCCUACAGGUGACUCACUGCCAAAAGUCCUGGCCAACCAAAAUCUACAAAGCCGUGCAUGCUCACCAGAUCGCAAGGGGAUUCGACCCUAAUACUACGGAUUUUGCACGAUAUCUGGGAUGGCCCAGGAUCUUCGAAAUUGUGCCUGUUGACAACCGCAUUCAAGGGAUCGUCAACUCGGAACAGCAAGAAAUUCCCGCACAAUCCGAAGGUUUGCCGUUGCCAGCUGUUAACGGCAUGCAGGAUGGCUCGGAACGUGUUCCCGAGUUAAAUGUAUCCUGCGAUGGUCAGGUGCAAGUUCAAGAUCCCGACGAACCAGACGAGCCAGAUGGUUCAUUUACGCUCGACCUGUUGUUUUAUGAGAUUCAAGACCAAGGAUACCAGGACGUGCACGACCCGCGAAGUGGUGUGAAUACGGCAUCUACUCGAACAGCUGUAGGCACAACUCGGAAGCGUUCACAGCUGUACGGAUUUUUCACCCCAUUCAUUCGAGGGGUUAGAUCUCUAAGCUGUAGCAAUCCGGAUUGCUCAGUUACCUAGUUCUGUCAAGCGGUUUGGAAUGAAAUAUGUAUAAUAUGUUCUAUGAUACCCAUCAAUUGAUUAUAAGUUAACCAGGUGUUCAAAAUCUAAC